AUGGAGAAAGAUGUUUUCAUUAAAUUAUGCGAUGAAUUGGAAGCUAAUUAUGGAUUUAAGGGUUCAAAGAGAAUGUGUGCUCUUGAGAUAUUAGGCAUGUUUUUAUUUACAUUAGGUCACGGUGCUGGAAACCGAUUAACACAAGAGCGAUUCCAACACUCAGGCAAGACAGUUAGUCGAUAUUUCAACAAGGUUUUAGAUGUUUUAUGUCAUAUGAGUGUAGAUGUAUUAAAACCACCAGACCCAGAAUUUAAAGAUGUUCCUGAAGAGAUAUUGAAAGAUUCUAGAUAUAUGCCUCAUUUUAAGAACUGUAUUGGCGCAAUAGACGGUGUACAUGUGAAUGUUGUAAUUCCACCUGAAGAUCAAGUACCAUUUGUUGGUAGAAAAGGGAUACCAACUCAGAAUGUCAUGGCAAUAUGUAAUUUUGAUAUGCAAUUUAUAUAUGCAUAUGCUGGGUGGGAAGGUUCUGCUCAUGGUACAAGAAUUUUCUAUACAGCUUUACGUGAUUCAACUUCAAAUUUUCCAAAAUCUCCCCAAGGUUUUUUAGGACCAUAUAAAGGCCAAAGAUACCAUCUACCACAAUUUCAACGAGGUAGCAAACCUACUGGUUAUAAAGAGGUAUUCAACCAGGCACAUUCUUCUUUUCGAAGUGUUAUUGAAAGAACUUUUGGAGUAUGGAAGAAAAGAUGGAAAAUAUUAAGAGAUAUGCCUAGUUAUCCAUAUCAGAAGCAAGUGAAAAUAGUGAUUGCAUCAAUGACCUUGCAUAAUUACAUUCGAAGGCAUGCAAAACGUGAUCGACAUUUUGAGAAAAUUAGAGAUAAUCCAUAUUAUUGUGUAGAAGAUCAAACUAAUAUUGAAGAUGAAGAUGAGACAGCUAGAGCUUCAAAUUUAAAUGAAAUGGACAAUACUAGAGAUCUGAUUGCUGCAAGUUUAAUGGGAUAUAAUUAA